AUGGAUGAGAUAACGGAGGGAGUGACCAACAUCACCAUAAGCGGCGAUCCACACAAGAAGAAUAGAAUUCAGGUCUCCAACACCAAGAAACCCUUGUUCUUCUACGUCAAUCUCGCCAAGAGGUAUAUGCAGCAGCACAAUGAGGUUGAACUUUCAGCUCUUGGCAUGGGUAUUCUCUCAUAUCCCUUGUUUUUCUACAAUAGCUUAUGCAGUUUAAACCUCCAAGAGUUGUCAAUGUUUUCAUUAAUUAUUACAUCGGAGUUAUAUGGUGUAUGUGCAUUUAUUGUUUCGUCCCAGAUUCUCUCUUUAUGUAAUAUGGUGCAAAAGAGAAAAGCCAAAAUCUUUGUGUAUGGUCUUUUCUCUGUUGAUUGGGCCAAUCUCCCCUCCCUUAAAGAGGAAAGUGCACUCUUUGCAGUAGUCAACCAUUUCUAUGUGGUAUUUUCUAUAUCUGAUGAGAAUACUACUGUUAUAUAUGCAGCUAUUGCCACAGUUGUCACCAUUGCCGAAAUUUUGAAAAACAAUGGACUGGCUGUUGAGAAAAAGAUUACGACAUCUUCUGUUGAUAUGAAGGAUGAAUCAAGAGGGCGUUCCAUCUCCAAAGCCAAAAUUGAGAUAUUGCUGGGGAAGACAGCCAACUUUGAUGAACUGAUGGCUGCUGCUGCUGAGGAGAGAGCUGCUGGAGAUGGUGAUGAGCAGAGCUGA